GAUUCUUCUCUCUAGGGUCAAAAAGUAAAACCCACACUCUUUUUGCUCUUCUGCUGUAUUUCUCUGUGUACUGGCGCGUGAGACAGAACAUCAAAUCUUUGCUACAUGUCUUUGGUCGUAUCCGUAUAUAUGUUCUUCUUCUUCUUAUUAUAGCAGAAAGAAAAAAAAAAUAAUCGCUUUCAUAAACUCAAGAUUUGUUUUUUCAAUGGUGGAAGAAGACAAGUCAUGUUUUUUUUUUAGUUUUCUUGGAGUUUAGUUUCUUCUUAUGAUUCAUUCAUAAAUCUGAGGAAAUUUCUCAAAUCUGUUUCUUUCUCUUUCUCUGAAGUCAAAACCCAACUAAGAGAUUCCUCUUCUUCUUCUUCUGGUUCUCUGUUUGAGAUCAGUUACAAUUUGAGCUUUGUUUCUAAGUUCUAAGUUCUUAGAGAUGGGAUUUGAAGACAAGAAAAUGCAGAGACAGAGACAUAAGCGUUCAAAGAGUUGUACUGUGUUUGAAAAGAAAAAGCUUGAAGAUGAGAAUAGCAUUGAUUCUUCUCUGGAUGCUUCUCAACGCCUCAAGCUCGACUUACCUCGUUGUUGCGAUAAAUCUGUUGAAACAAAGAAGGAUCUGUCCCCUGAUGUAAAAUUCAAGAGCUCUCUGAAGCAAGAGAUUCAAGAGCUUGAGAAAAGAUUACAGAACCAGUUCGAUGUCCGUGGUGCGUUAGAGAAGGCAUUAGGCUAUAAAACGCCUUCUCGAGACAUCAAAGCCGACUAUACUCCAAAGCCUCCAACAGAAUUGAUCAAGGAAAUCGCGGUGUUAGAGUUGGAAGUUUCACAUUUGGAACAGUACCUUCUAUCUUUGUAUCGUAAAGCAUUUGAUCAACAAACAUCUUCUGUAUCGCCACCAACAUCGAAACAACAGAGCUCGAGUUCACCUAAAUCUACUCUCAGAGGAAAACGUCUAGACUUUUCAAAAACACCUGAAACUCGGUGUUUCUCAUUUGACAACAGACUGAAGAGUCCACGUUUGGUGGAGAAGGAGCUAGAGUCUCCUAACCUUAGAUGCAGACAAGAAAGCUUAGCCACGCAACCUCGAUGUUUCUCAUUUGACAAUAGACUGAAGGAACCUGGUUCUGCUGGUCGACAAUUCAAUCAAGAAGACGCAAGAAUCGAUUCUCAGUGUUUCUCCUUUGACAAUAGAGUGAAAGAACCCGUUUCUGCUGCUCGACAAUUCAAUCAAGAAAGCUCAUUAUUUGAUUCUCAGAGUUUCUCCGUUGACAAUAGACUGAAGGAACCCGGUUCUGCUGCUGCUCGGCGAUUCAUUCAAGAAAACUCAACAAUUGACUCUAGGUGUUUCUCUUUUGACAAUAGACUGAAAGAUCAAUGUUUUAUGGAGAAGGAGGACAUCGAUUCUUGUGUUCGUCGUUGCCAGUCCUCUCUUAAUCAACGUUCCACCUUCAAUAACCGAAUAUUUACACCAGAAGACUCGGUAUUCACGUGCCACUCCCAACCAUUGUCUAUACAGAAAUACAUACAAAAUGGAUCAAAUGCUGCAAGCCUUGCAGAACACAUGGGAACUCGAAUAUCCGAUCACAUAUUUAUGACUCCUAACAAGUUAUCAGAGGAGAUGAUAAAAUGUGUAUCGGCUAUAUACUCCAAGCUAGCUGAUCCACCAUCGAUAAACCACGGUUUCUCAUCCCCAAGUUCAUCUCCAUCAUCAACAAGCGAGUUUUCGCCUCAAGAACAGUAUGAUAUGUGGAGUCCAAGCUUCAGAAAAAACUCGUCUUUCGAUGACCAAUUUGAAUUCAGUGGACCUUACAGCUCAAUGAUUGAAGUGUCACACAUUCAUCGAAACCAUAGGAAAGGACGCGACCUUGACCUGAUGAAUCGAAACUUCAGCUUGCUUAUUAAGCAACUGGAAAGUGUUGAUCCAAGAAAGCUGACUCAUCAAGAGAAACUGGCGUUCUGGAUUAACGUACAUAACGCGCUUGUGAUGCAUACAUUUCUGGCAAGUGGGAUUCCACAGAGCAAUGGGAAGCGGUUUUUACUACUCUCCAAGCCAGCUUACAAGAUAGGAGGUCGCAUGGUAAGCGUAGAAGCGAUAGAAAAUUAUAUUCUUCGCAUCAAGAUGCCUCGUCCUGGCCAGUGGCUGAAGUUAUUACUCAUUCCGAAAAAGUUAAGAACCGGAGACGUAAAUCAAGAAUAUUCCCUCGAACAUUCGGAGCCUCUCUUAUACUUUGCCCUAUGUUCAGGCAACCAUUCUGACCCUGCGAUUCAUGUUUAUACGCCCAAGGGAAUAUACCAAGAGCUAGAAACCGCAAAGGAAGAGUACAUUCGCGCAACGUUUGGGGUUAAAAAGGACCAGAAACUAGUCUUACCAAAGAUCAUUGAGUCUUUUAGCAAAGACUCAGGUUUGAGUCAAGCAGCAUUGAUGGAGAUGAUUCAAGAAUGUCUCCCGGAGACAAUGAAGAAAACCAUAAAGAAACUUAACUCGGGGAGAUCCCGAAAGAGCAUUGUUGAAUGGACGCCUCAUAGUUUCGUGUUUCGGUAUUUGAUAGCCAGAGAACUUGUUAGAUGAGAGAUUUAUAUGGUCCUUUUGGUAAGGUUUUUUUUAUUUGCAGGACUCUGUUUCUUGUAAUGUUAUUGGUGAAGUAAGUAUAUAGGAGAAUGUAUUGGGAGUGUAGAGACUAGAGAGUAGAAAUAGAAAUAGAAGAGAAACUGCAUGCCGUUUUUCGGUUACCAAUCCGGGAUGAUGUUUUGGCUUGUGUUAUCUUUGCUUUAGAAGAAUAAGUUGUACUGUACAUAAAAAAUCAAUUCCCUUAUUUUUUAAAUUUAUUUGUUAUAGUAA